AUGAAUUGUAAAUUAUUAGUUGCAUUGGUUGCAUUGUACAUUGCAGUUUGUGCUGCAUCGAAAGCAGAAUUGUUGUUCCAAAAGAAGAUUGUCGAUGGACCAGUCGUUGGAAAAGAGUUGGAAAUCUCGUUUGUCAUCUACAACGUUGGUGAAGGACCAGCCUACGAUCUCGCAUUCACUGAUUCCGAUUUCACUGCAUCUGGAUCAACUUUUGAAAUUGUUAAGGGAACAACCAACGGUAAAUGGGAAGUCCUCGAAGCAGGUACCAAUGUCUCACAAACUUUGACUGUCGUCCCAUCGACUCAAGGUAUCUACCCAUUGACCCCAACCGUUCUCUCAUACCGUAAAUCACAACAAGACGACACCAUUUCAUACACUGCCGCCGCCAGCUACAGUGGAAUGUACGUCGAAUCGGUUGCCGACUACGACAAGCGUACUUCCCUCCACUUGAAGGAAUGGGGUACCUUUGUUCUCUUAUGUUUGGGUUCAGUUGCAUUCCCAAUCUCAAUUUUGACUUAUUACAAGAUGAACUACGUUGACGGUAUCAAAAAGAAGAACUAA